CAUUGAUACUUCGGCUACCAGAACUGCAGUAUGCACUUGUCCGCAAUAGCCGUGAAGAGUUAGACCUAGACUGACGGUUUAACCUUUUGGCAACAGCAACACUGGCGACAACCGUGUGCCAAUAUGUAGACAACGACAGUUGGCUAGCUGAGCGACAGAGUGGCGCACUCGAAAGCCUUCCGAGGGUUUGCGUUUCCAACCACCUCACCGGCUGAAGCUGGAGCCAGCCGUAUAAUUGCAAACAUGUCCAGCAGGACUGCCAACCCGUAGUACAACCUGAAUAGACUGAAAAACCGGCAGUUCCCACUGAGGCCCGCUUUGAAUACCUAAGACAUGUCUGACUCCUCAAUGGGUUUGUCGCAUGAUCCUUCCUACUACUCAAAUGGGCCGGUUAUGCACCUGUUCUACUCGGUAAACCUACCGCAUGGUCUCUUCUACACCUACGGCUUUGAAGCUGCGUGCGAGCUAUGCUUGCAACACUGAUGUGGUUCUUGCCGACUAUGCGCUUGCUAGGGGUAUGAGGGCGCUCCCAUACUCAACCAACAUGACUACUAGCCCAGCUACGUAUAUGGUGCUAAGAAAAGAAAAGUGUGAAGACGUGCAUGCUGUAAGGCUGGUGCGGGCAACAGUACUUUCCGAGGUGAUGUGGAACUUCAUUGAGGCCAUGGGACUCUCGGUCGAUUUGUUUGAGCAUGGCCUGUCAAGGGGCAACUUGCUGUUCCUGCAGCUUCUGGUAGACAGCCUCAAGCUGCAAAAAAAAACCAACCCGGUGUUUACCGAUAGCCAAGAUGCGCUACUUGGGGCCAAGCGGCCUCGGACCAAGGGUAAAAACGCAGACCUCAUCGUGCGAGGCUUUGGAAAACGCGGUCUGUGAAGCAACCUGGAAAUCCAGCCGCCACACGUGGAUUCUCA